CAAUUAUUCCUAUAAUUAAGCACAUUUAAAAGAUUUGUAUGGUUUUAUUUUUGUAAUCACUUUAAAAAUGUGAACCAAUAAUAAUGCGGAGGUGAUGGAAUGGGCUUGGAGAGGAGGACAAACAGAUUUGCAGACUGAAAACUUUACGCAGUGUGUCUUGUGGGAGCAGAGGUUGGUUGAGCGCUCUUUGUUUCGGUGCGUUGUGGAUGUUGGGGGCAGAGCUUUCUUCACAACUGGACUGGGUUCGGCUCCGGGCUGCAGCAGGACGCGGGCAGGGAGGAACCAGAGCGCCGAGCAGCUCCGUGUGUGGACAUGUAGUUGGGUCCAAACCAUGGAUGCCUCCAACUCCUGUGACCCGUACAGCCGCCCGGCGCGCAGGACGCAGUGGAUCGUCAGCACUCUGGCUUACCAUUACGGACUGGACCGGGGAGUCGAGAACGAAAUCAUCGUCCUGGCCACCGGGCUGGAUCAGUAUCUGCAGGAGAUCUUCCACCACCUCGACUGCCAGGGACUCGGCAAAAUCCCCGCGGAGGACUUCAGCAUCUUGUGCGAAGUUCUUGGACUGAGCCCGGACUCGGAAUCGGAGGAGUCCGCCGGAGUUCUGGACAAUCUGCCCAGCGAGCUCACCUUCAGACACUUCCACGCCAACCUGUGCGGUUACUUCAGCACCAGGGCGGGCUGCCAGUAUGAGGACGGCCGGCUGCUGGUCGCCAAGGACAGCGAGCACAUAGAGACUCAGAUCCGCCUGAGGAGCCCCCUGAAGCGGCGAGAGACGCUGCUGUGGGCCGGGGCCAGCGCCGGCUCCUCGCCCUCCCCGGUGGAGCGCCGCGCCUUCGGCUGCAGGCUCGGCUCCCCCGGCCCCUGCAGCAGGGAGUGCUACGAGGAGAUCGUGGCUCUGGAGGAGGCGGAGGACCGGAUAGGCAAACUGGAGGAUGAGAACGCAAGUCUCCGGGAGCUGGUUGAGGACAUGAGAGCCGCGCUGCAGAGCAGUGAUGCCCGCUGCUUGGCUCUGCAGGUUGGACUCUGGAAAAGUCACUCCAAGCACAAAGCAGAAGAAGGAUGUUUUGUUUCCCAGCAGAGACUGGCAGUCCAGAAAAAUAUGACCAACACCAAGCUAAAUAAGAGUCCGAACAGCAACCUUAAAAGCUUGCAGAACAUCAUCCAUGAGAUAGAGUAUCUGCGCAGCUCCAGAGAACGGCAGGUGGAGGAGGCCAUGUUGUGUAACCAGAGACUGGAGCAGGAGCUGUGGAGCUGCAGGGAGACCGUUGCUGCUUUGGAAGAGAGCAACAGGGCUCUGAAGAGGGAGCAGGGGAGCAUGAGGAAGAAGGUGGAGGAGGCCAGGCAGGCUCUGCUAAGUGGACUGGCAAAAGUGAAGGAACUGGAAGCAAAGGCCAGUCAUGUUCCAGCGCUGCAAAGACACCUUCUCCAGCUGGAGUCUGAGCUCCUACACUACAGAUCUGAGGUGUCCAAACGACUUCCAAGCAGCACCAGAGCAGAGCAGCAACCCUGUGCCAGCAGCAAACAGGACAGGAGAUGCUGCCAGGACCUCCAGCGGGACCGUUGUUCCCCAACAGGUCGAGCUGUGACCACUCCUGACAAGAUGGAGGAGCAGCUGUUCCGGUCAGUGGAGGGCCAGGCUGCCUCAGAUGAAGAAGAGGAGAAGAGGACCGGAGACCACCAGGAGCAGGUUGAGGAGGUGAAGAGGAUCCUUACCAGCCUGUCAUGCUGUGGUGAAAGAUACGGUGACAAGGCUUUCAAGAAACUGAUGAUUAAUUUUGGCAGCUUGAAGUGUGAAGAGAGUCACAGCGCUGUGGUGGAGCUGCUGGAGAGGGUCACUAGGCUGCAUAAAGAGCUGGAGCUGAAGGAAAGCCAAGCAGAGAUGGACAUGGACCAGGUGAAAGACUCUCUGAUGCAGGAGCUGCAGCAGAAGGCUGAGGAGACAGAGCUGCUCGAUGUGGAGCUGCAGUCGCUGGAAAGAGAAAGAGUGCGCCUGUCGCUGGUGGAGGAGAAACUUGUGGACAUCCUGCAGCUCAUGCAGCAGCUCAGGGACCUGAACAUCUCCCGAAGGUCUCUAGGGAAAAUGUUGCUCAGCACUUUGGAGUCUGGCAGCAACCCACAACACGGCAAAGCGCGCAUUCUGGAAGUGCUCAAUGCUCUUUACCAUGAGCUAGCUGCAUGUGAGAUUCUUUCUUCUGGUGGACCUCUGCAGAGAACGCAGAGUCAGCAGUCGCUCCACAACCUCAUCUUCUCCUGCUGAAAAAGGCUGCCACCUGCUGGGCCCACUGUGCCACAGCAAGGAGACCUGAAAAUAAGAUUGAUGUGUGUAUAGUUUAAUAUGUUUGGAAUGUCUAAAAACUAACUUUUAUAAACUAGAGGUAAUUACAAACUGCUAAAACUUCUGUUUUGUAAAUGUUUUUACACACUUAUUUGGAAUGUCAUUGCUUUUUUACUCUUAUAAAAAGACCUGAAAAUAAGCUAAGCUUUCUGUGGUCCAUAAAGGCCCACCAGCUCUUCUCAACAAAGCUGUGCAUGCAGAGAAGUUACCAGCCUAAAGGAACAGGGAUCUCACCAGAUCUGCACAUAUCAAUAUCUUGUACAUGGAAAACGCAACUGCUUAUACAUAUGCUAAGAAGCACUGCAUAAUAUAUAUAUUUUUUUUUUUCCAUUUGUUACAGCACACUUUUUACCACCUCCGUAUCUCUCGAGCUCAGUCAGGACGGAGCGAAUGUGAAGAUGUUAAAUUGCCACUGAUUCUCAGUAAGGUGUAUAUCUAAUAUUUUUACAGCCUACAGCAGCUUUUCUGCCAGGAUUGUCCUGCAUAUGGCUCUAUCCAUCUUCUCAUGAGCUCUCUCCAGCUUCCCUGUUCCUGCUGAAAUAAAGCAUGCCCAUGGGAUGGUGCUGCCACCAUCACGUUUCACCAUGGGGACGGUGUGCUCAGGAGGAGGCACAGUGUUAGUUUUCUGCUUCACAUAGUGUAUCGCAUGUAAAUUUAAACUUUGGUCUCCUCUGGACAGAGCUCCUUCUUCCACAUGUUGAGUUUCCUACAUGUUGCAAUAAACUCCGAGCACAACUUC